AUGCCGAUCACUGCAGCCGAGCUCACAUCCAAGGCCAUGGUAAAUUGCCCCGAAGAUCUCCCCGCUCAAACAGGGGCCUUACAGGUGCAGUCGGUUUUCGCGAAAAACGCUUGCAGGGGAUUACUGUACCCAAAAAGCACUUCGAAUGUGUUGAGACUUGAGAAAUCUACGUACACUUGGAGUACGUGGAAUGUGACGACCCCUGUCUUUCAAGUCUGCAAGCUGCCCAGCAUGUCAUGUUUGGAGUUGAUAUCGCUGGAGGCUGCCAUGCUGAACAGUGUCGAGCCCCUUGGCUUGAGCACCACUGGACCACAGGUUUACUCAAGGCAGAUGAGCGAAGAUCUGGACCUGAUAUUCCUCUGCUGCAGGCUGUUCGGAUAUGAAGCUAUAGGUCACCUUUGCCUUCAUUUGGAGUGCGAUGCAGCAAAAGUUGCCGGUGCCCUGGGGCUCAGCCUCCAGCGGCUCAAUGCCGCUCCGCCGCGUGACCUGGAGGACCUUUGUGCCACUUUGCUCACCAGCCGCAUCAGACUUGAAACGUUUGGAUUUUUUUUUGGCUUCUGGGCAUUCCCACGAGACUCGCAGGACUUUGCCCACAAGGCAGCCAAAGAGUCCUCUGAUCAGCUCCUGUCAGAUGCAAAGAUCAAAUAUGUGCACGAAUCCCGCUAG